GGCGAGUCAAAGUGCAUUCUGUUUAUUCGUAGUAAUAAUAAUAAUAAUUGCAAAGAGUACUUAAAAAAUUAAAACCCCAGAACAUAGAUCUGCAAAAUAAUUUUAAUAAUUAGACUCCUGUAAACAUAACGUGGAGCUGCUGCUGCUGACACUUCAUUAGGAAACUAUGGAAAAGGCUUUCAUUUUGUUCUUCAUGAUAUAUUUAACGUGCCCAGUUCAAACAGCGGUUGGACCAUGUGGCUCCAGGAAUUUCCAGUGUGGUAAUGGGAAGUGUAUUACGAUGAGAUGGAUAUGUGAUGAUACAGAUGACUGUGGUGAUGGCACUGAUGAGCUCCCUGCUUCCUGCAUGGCAAACACAUGCAAGCCCACUGAGUUUCGCUGUGGUGGACGGUUAAACCAGUGCGUGCCUCACAGCUGGAAAUGUGACGGCAAGGCAGACUGUGAGAACGGAGCUGAUGAAGCUGGCUGCAGUCCCAGACAGUGUCUGGAUGGUGAAUUCCGCUGCAGCAAUGGUCAGUGUGUGUCUCGGGCUUUUGUCUGUGAUGAAGAUGCUGACUGUGAUGAUGGCAGUGAUGAAUUAAACUGUCAGGCCACUACAUGUAGCUCAAAUGCUUUUCGCUGCAACAACUCGGUGUGCCUGCCACGCCUGUGGGCUUGUGAUGGAGAUUCUGAUUGUUCAGACGGUUCAGAUGAGUGGCCUCAGAACUGCGGCCACCUACCUUCUCCAUCUCCCAGCAGGCCCUGCUCCAGUAGGGAGUUCCAUUGUGGCAUUGGAGAAUGUAUUCCAAAUAUCUGGAGAUGUGAUGGAGAGCCUGACUGCCAAGAUGAAUCAGAUGAGAAGGAUUGUGCUGUAUCCACAUGCCGGCCAGAUGAGUUCCGCUGUGGUGAUGGAUCAUGUAUCCAUGGGAGUCGCCAGUGUAACCAGGUGUAUGACUGCCCGGAUAUGAGUGAUGAACUGGGCUGUGUCAAUGCAACCCAUUGUGACGCACCAUCCAGGUUUCAGUGUCGCAGCGGUGAAUGCAUCAGCAUGGACAAAGUUUGCAACAAGCAGCGUGAUUGUAGGGAUUGGUCUGAUGAGCCACUGCGUGAGUGUGAUUCUAAUGAGUGUCUGUACAACAACGGUGGCUGUUCUCAUAUCUGUAAUGACCUAAAGAUUGGCUACGAGUGCUUGUGCCCCACUGGAUUCCUCUUGGUAGAGAAGAAACGCUGUGAAGAUAUCGAUGAGUGUGCCAAUGGGGACACAUGCAGUCAAAUCUGUGUGAAUCAGGUGGGCAGCUACAAGUGUGAGUGUGCUGAAGGUUACCAAGUAGAUCCAGCAACCAAAGCCUGCAAAGCAACUGGAACUGUAGCCUAUCUAUUCUUCACUAACCACCAUGAGGUGAGGAAGAUGACACUGGAUAAGAGCGAGUACAAGCAAGUCAUCGCCCGUCAGAAACACAUUGUUGCAUUGGACAUGAACAUCGCCAACAAGGAGAUCUUCUGGUCUGAUCUGUCUCUCAAGAAGAUUUAUAGAGCCCCCAUGGAUGCAGCAUUAGACUCCUCUCAGCAUAGCACUGUGAUUGACUCUGGCUUGGAUGCACCUGAGGGGAUUGCAGUGGACUGGAUCCAUGGUAAUAUCUACUGGACAGAUAGUGUACGUGGUACCAUCUCUGUAGCCACAGCAGAUGGAAAGAAGCGCAAGACGCUCUUUGGAAAAAACCUGAUCAAGCCAAGAGCUAUUGUGGUUGACCCAAUUAAAAAUUUUGUGUAUUGGACUGACUGGGGUACACCUGCUAAAAUUGAGAGGGGCGGACUGAAUGGAGUUGAUCGCAGCACUUUGGUGUCUGAUAACAUUGUCUGGCCCAAUGGGAUAACUCUUGAUUUGUUGAAUCAGCGUCUGUACUGGGUCGACUCUAAACUGCAUACCCUCGCCAGUAUUGAUGUGCAGGGAGGUAGCCGUCGUACACUAAUUAUAGACCAGGGCAGACUGAGACAUCCACUGAGUGUCACACUGUUUGAGGAGCGAGUAUUCUGGACUGAUGUUAGCAACAACGCUAUUCUGAGUGCUAACUGUGUGACAGGGGGAGACAUAACAAAAGUGGCAGAACAUCUCACAUCUCCAGAGGACAUUGUGCUGUAUCACAACCUGAAGCAGCCCAGUGCUGUGAAUUGGUGCAAGUUCAACAAUGGUGGAUGUGAGUUCCUGUGCUUGGGUGCACCACAGAUCAGCGUCUUCUCACCCAAGUACACAUGUGCUUGCCCUGACAACAUGAUGCUGGAUAAAGAUAUGAGGAAAUGUGUCCCUGCUGUUCCAACAACACCACCAUCAGUCCAGCCCAAAGUUCCUACCACAGGCCGCCCUCAUAUAACCUCACAUACUACACCAAAAAUGUCUGCCCCAAGAACCACCAAACCUUCAGCUCCAAUUGUCACCACUGCAGAGACACAACCCACACAACCCAAAGAACCUUCCAGAGCCAAAACCUCCAAAGUCAACACUCCUUAUGAAGUCACCACACAGACAAACAGUCACAGUGCUGUUGCUGCAGUCAGAAAAGAAUCUUCAACAUUGCUGGCUCUUUACAUUGCAUUGCCCUUGGUGGUGUUAUGCCUAGGAUUUGGUGGCAUGUUGCUGUGGAGGCAGUGGAAGUUGAAAAAUACCAACACCAUUCAUUUUGAAAAUCCAGUCUACCAGAAGACCACAGAGGAUAAAGUUCACAUCUGUAGGAACUACAGCUCUGAUGGCUACUCCUACCCACCGAGGCAAGUUGUCUGUCUUGAUGAUGAACUAUGAACUUUAACAUAUAUGCUAAGACUGACUAUACAAUCUGAUGGUGCUGCUGGAACAAGCUGGAACAAGCUCAGUGAAUGGACGUUUGGAGAUUGUUGUUGUGUCCACGGACACCGAAUCACCUUUUUUUAGAGGCAAUUCCUGGGGCAGGCUCAUCCAGGCUCAUUCAAUGCAGGCUUCGAGCAAACACAGAGAAACUUCAAAAAUCAUUGACCUUUCAUGUAAUUGCAACUUUUCCAAGAGAAGGAGAGAGAGUGUGUAUGUGGUCUGUGCGUAUGUAAGACAAAUCGGCAGUAUUUUUAAAAUGGAGUAUUCUCACUGAAGAAGAAUUGUAAAUAUUGUGUAUGUGGAGAUUUAUAUAUUUGAAUGAAUUGUAAAUACUAAUUGACACACUACUA